AACCCUCAGGUACUUACAGUUGUUUUGCCCACAACCACACACGUCAAAGUAUCUCAGAACGUGUUCGAAAUCAUUAGCCUAUCAGCGCGACGCUCCCGACUGGAAAUCAAUCACUCAGCCAAUUGGCAUUGCCGAGCAGAAUUUAGAUUUUUCAAAACUGCCCCGCCAUGUUGUUAUUUUGAGUUACCGAACUUGUUUAUCUGAGGACCCACGUCCAGAAAGGGUGCUAGCUGGACAGCUAUAACUUUGAAAUCACCACUAACAACUACUUUUUCCAACAGGAUCAUGGACUCUAUGGAAGUUCGUUUCGGCCACCUGCGUCAGCGUGACGCCAGUGUGGACAUGCUGCGGGUGAAGAUGUUUCGGAGAAGGUCGCAGUCCCAGAAGGUGAACCGAGACAAGGCCCUGAACAGCCGCAGACAGCUUGACAAUCUCCCCGAGUUUGAAUGUUCUCAACUGGACAUGUCGGUUGCGAAAAAUGUGUCAGUAGUUCAGGAAAAUGUAGCGAAUGUAAAGCAAGUGAAAAACGCUGCAGUGGAGGAGCGAAUGAAAAAGCUUGCCCGCUACAAAGAGAAGAAGGAGCUUGUGAAGGAGAAAGAAAAGAGGGCAAGGGAGAAGAAGGGGAUGUUCAAGGUUGGGCUGUACCGGCCAGAGGCUCAGCCCCUGGUCCCUCUGCCGCAGGCCCCAGCUGCCACAAUAAAAGCCAGGGCAACAACGCCAGUGGUCCAGCCCCAAUCCACCAGAGUGACUCGCUCCACCAUGAGGCAGCAGGCCCCCAAGGUGACUUUUCCCCUGCCAAGUCUACAUUUGUUCUGCACAUGUCUUUAUCCUAUUGACACUCUCCAAGAAAAGGUUGGUGUUUCUUUACCCCCACUUUACCUCUAA